AUGUCCUGCAAAGACAUUCUCUUCCCUUUGCCUAUGCUUCCCAGCAUCCCCGAUAAUCUCGACUCGUUAGACUCGAGAAAAGCAUUGCCUUUCUUGAUGGCUUUCAUGAAGAACACGCUUAUUCGUGGUCUCAACAAUGUACACCAAGUGGCGCCUUUGCUUAACUCAAACAACCCGAGAACGAUUUUCUUCCUGAAAUAUAUAACAUCUCUAUGUAAAUUACUUAGGACUCACUUAGAAGGCGACAGGCUUUUCUUCUCAUUGGCUCUCCCAGGCGGUAAAGCACUGAGAGAUAUAGUGAGCAUUGAUUGUCAUCCCGAUCUCACAUUUGUACACAAAGCACUGGACCAAGUUGAAUCCAAGCUCGAUGCUUGGACCAAGAACCCAGCAUCUUACUGCUCGCUUACCCUGCGUCAAGGCAUUGAAUUCGCACCUACCAUGAUAGUAAAGAUGCAAGUUCAGCUCAACCUCCUAUCUUUCGACUACAUAUCUAGCCUUAUCUCCGAUAAGGACCUUCGUCCGAUGAUCCAAGCUAACAUGGAGUGGUUCGCAUCUCACUCUGAUAUCACCUUCCUUUUACCGUUUGUCAUUUCUCAUCACGAUACCAGCACAUCCCCACAUUGGCCCACCAUUACAGAGCAGGGAGCUGCCGCCUUACCUUCCUUGAUAAAAGAACAUGCAGGAUGCUGGGAGUUUGCACCAAUCGAUCCUUUGACAAAACAAACGAAUCCUAUGGUAUUCUAG